UAUGGAUUUUGCCGUAUACGCCAAAGCUCGAAACACCAUUUUACACCAAUGGACUCGUCCAAAUUGCCACGGGUUGGCGGGAAUCUUAACUGUUUAUUUUGCGGUAACUGUUGAUGCAGCUGUCUGAAAUUUGUUUGAAUUGUCAGUUCUAACAGACUAACAAUGGUUCUUGGUGCUUUAAUUGGUGCAGCUUUAUCCUGUGCAUUGGGUGCAGUAUGGUAUGCACCAGUUGUUUUUGGAAACGCAUGGAUGAGCGUAACAUUUCCUGGAAAAAGUGCUCGACAAAUCCGAGCUAGUGGAUCAGUUGGUGUUUCAAUGGGUGUUUCUCUCCUAAGUAGUGGUACUCUUGCACUUUUAAUGCAGUGUAUCUUAGUGAACUUUUUCAAAGUACAGAGUCUGACUGAAGCAGCAUCUGUUGGUUUUGGACUGGCAUGCCUUUCAAUUCUGUGUGAUAUUUCACAUUGUACUUUCUCCCAGAGAUCAAUUCUUGGUUUUUUCAUUGAUCAUGCUUAUGAUGCUGUUUGCUUAGUUAUCAUGGCUGUUAGCAUUGUAUAUUUUAACAAAUUAGGACUCGAUAUUCCCAUACCUAUUAUAGGAGGAUCCGGUAAAAAAUCAGGCCUUUAGUUUCAUAACUUACUGGUAUCUCAAGAUCAGUAAUACAUUUAUUAUACAUUACAUUGUAUAUUGUCAUUUAUUUUAAAUCUUAUCCUUAGUAUCAUUUAUCUAGGUUAUGUUUAGUCUGCUUAAUGAUUUCUUUAAGUUUUAUUAUUUGUUAUUCAUUGUUUAAGGCUUAUGUAAGACCACUUUGCUUCUGAGAUUUUAUUCAUCAUACAUUUAGCAGUAAUCUUAAAUUUCUGAUGAAUAAGACCCCAUGUCAUUUAGUUAUAUUUACAUAUUUUAUAGUGUUUUGUAGAGAAAUAAUAUUUUAGAAUAACAUUAAUAAUGGAGAUUUGAUAAAAAAUUUAUGUUGGUUAUGUAAAGACAUGUAGAUGAUCGUAUUAUAGUACACUCCAGUUUAUGUAUCAUAGUUAAUCAUCAUCAUUAGGUCAGGAACUGCAGACAUGUUCGCAUUCCAUAAAUUUUAUAUGCACACGUUUUUUGGUUUUUUUUAGGCCAGUCAUUUUAUUAUUGUUAAUAUUUAGUCUUCAUUAAAUCUUCAUGUAGCUGUUUUAUACAUAUAUUUGUCACUUUUAAUAGAUAUUUAAUAAAAAUUCAGUAGGAAAAUUAAUACAAACUUAUACUCAUUAUGUUUAUACGGGUUAGCUCAGACCAAAAAUUUUUGCUUGAGGAAAAUUAAAAAAGUAAAAAUAAAAACCUUGCAAUUAUGCAACAUUCCAACAAAAACAAGUCCUUAUAAACGCUUGCAUUGGGCACUACAUAAGCGCAUGAAUUGUGAUAUCAGGAUUGCAACCAUGUUUGGUGCACAACCCAUGUCAGUACUUCUAUAGCCAAAGAAUGCUGCAGUUUGUACAAAUACAAAUACACUGUACAUUAUAUGUAAUAAAUCCUAAGCACUAAUCAAAGGCAAAUGAUCUAAUAAAGAUACAUGUCAUUUCAUUUUUCAGAAAUUUUUAUCCAUUGUUAUUUUCUGUUUAACUUUGUAGGUCAGGCUCCAGAAUUUUGUAUACAAUGUACAGUUAAUUGUGAUAAAAUAUUUAAAUAAAAUAGUUUUAACUUUA